AUGACAUUCACAUUCGACCCCGAAGUCGACUAUGCACCCGCGCCCUCGCCGCCAACGUCCGCAGCCCACAUGGGGCCAUCUUGGAACGCUGUCUGGCGGAUCGCCAUCACCAACGCCGACAAGGUGGCCGCCCUGGCCGAGGCCAAGGGCAUGAUCAAGGAGAAGCUCCGGUGGGAGAGAGCGGUUGCGGCGGAGAAGAGGGAGAGGAUGAAGGUGGGGGUUUCGGCCUGGAAGCUCGCUCGCGAGCUGGAUGAGUGGAAGCCGGUCUUCGGACAAACGCAACCACCUUUGAAACUUUUUCAGCAACUCAAGCGAGCGAUACCGAACAAUGCCACCCAAAGCUUCCAAGAAGUCCUCAAGCGCUCCUGCGAACCUGCCACGAACGACGAAUACGCACACGCUACCGCCCUUUCGCUAAGCGAAACAGUCGCACUGUUCCCAACGCAUGCGCCGUACCUCCUCACACACCCUCUGCUACUCAUGUUCACAUGUCUCUUCUUCAUGGGCGAUGAGAUCGCAAAGAAAUUGGACACAGUUGAUAUCGAAGUGGGAGAGGACUGGGACGAGCGUACGCGGGACGAGUUUCUAUGGACAUACUGCGGCGAUUGGGAGAAGUGGCCGAUUGACUGCGUUGAGCGCACGUACAUGGCGGCUCGUGAUGAGGUUCGCUAUGAUGACGAAGUCAGCGAUGGACAGGAUGGCGAGAAUGAGCAGGCUGAGGACGACAUGGAUGAAGAGACCUUCAUGUUCAGCCGUUCGGUCUCCUCACUUGCUCCAUUCAAUAUCCUCGCCCACAUACAAUCUUCGUCAACGAUCAAGCUUUUGAUCCGGCAUAUGAGCAACAACAUGGACGACAGCAAGAAUGGACCUGACGAGAGGACCACGAGGCCGAACAUACCAGCCAACUCCAAAGCACCACCGAAGUCUAGGUUGAAAACACUCGUGUAUGCGAGGGGCGCAUUGAGCAACCAUGAUGGCGAUACUGAAAUGGUCGAAGCGGUGGAAAUGCCAGGAAGCAUCGCAGGCGAGCCGGCAGUAGAGCCUCGUAAAAAACAACGAAAGAGGAGAACGGGGAUCCCAGACAUGAGUGAAGAUGACGAAGAACAUGAGGACGGGAAUGACGACGGUAAGGUGGUACCGAGUAAGAGAAGGAAAAAGGGCAACGCUGCUAAACCCGCAACUUCCGUCGAUACUGACAAAGAGGAACAACAACAUCCGCAGGCCCUCGAAGUUCCCCCUAAAUUCGAGAUAGCGUGGGCGGCGCUGGCCGACAAAGAGGAGAAGGACCCGAAGAGGCCCGACAAGACCAUCAUCAUCGCGCGAAGGAAGAGAUGGGAGAAUGCUAACGUGGAGGUAUUGAUAUGGAACGACUGCGAGCUUGAGUGGAUGAGAAAGACCAAUGCGACGAAGCUGUACAAGAAGACUGUCGAGAGAUUUGAGAAAGUCGAAGAGAAUGAUUGGAUAGAUGUCGACGUACCUGGCUGGUAUCAGGUAAGGAUUCUCGACAACGUCGUGCUGACAGACGGGCCGGAGAAAUUCAUCACACGAUUCAGCAACGAAGACUACGACCGUGUGCACCAGAUGCUCAUAUUCAUAUUGAGUGAGGUCCUUCAGCCCAGAUCGUGGCUGGUAGAACCAGAGGAAGGAAGCUAUCAGUAUGCGACGCACGAGGACGAGGCGAAAGCCAUGGCAUCCAUCUCCAAAAGUGCUCAAGAGCUCGUCGAGAUAAUCUGGAAGCCUUACAUCGAUGACAGCAACCCCGAUGACAGCGAGACCGAUGAAAACCAGGUCGAUGAGAACCAGCUCAACGAAGAGACUUAUCAAAACUUGAGUGAUGUAAAUGUCAUAUGGACUUCUGCAUCGAAUAAGGUCAGAACGUCCAACGAUGACAACGAAACAGCAACAACAACGGGACAAACAUCCAAGAUCAAGUUGACGAACAUCUGGACUGUCUUCAUCAAAGACUUCCAUGUUUGGCAGAGAAAGCGUACUACUGGACCAGUCUCGUUAGUCAAGAUUGUGCCGCCAACCAUAGCGAAACGGAAAGACCUCGGUCGUCGUAUGAUCACCCACAGUCCCCAUGUCGCCAGGCCAAGCUCAUGGCCCUAUCUGCUCGCCCUGGCCUUCCUCGCAGACGACGAAGCGGAGCAAGCGGAAGAGGAGGUGGGGCUGAUGGCGCACCACGCUCGUUCUAGAGAUGCUAUCCAUACCUGCAUGAAAGAGUAUCAAGAGCAUAAGAAGCUGAGCUAUUCCGAAGCAGUACACACCUUCUGGUUGCUUCAGCAGUCCCUGCAGGACGAGCAGUUCGCCAGCGAGAGUAACGCAAAAAAGCCAGAUGAUGACGCUGCUCCGAGGCCUGAACCCGACCGCGGACAACGUAGCGACUCCGAACACGGCAACAGUACAGACACCUCUGGAGAUGAAGACGACGCUCCAACCAACGAGAAGAGCGCCCGGCCAUUGAAGGAUAGGAGACACGGUAAGCUGGCGAACGAACACGACGAGCAUAUUGAAGCAGAAGAUGCUAGAGACCAGUCAGGGAAUGCCGAGAUUGAAGGAGAUGGCACUGAAGCUGACCAAGAUCUACAAGCCCCAACUCAUACUCCUCAGCAUCAGGGUGCCUCAGAGGAGAGAGAAGCGACUACAAAGUCAGGCCCUGAUUCAGGAAAACCUGGCAUGUCAGCGGUGACUGAUAACGAAGAUGGGGUAGUGGAUGGAACAUCUAGGCUUGGAAAACCGGGCAAGAGGGUAUCCACUGCUGCGAUCGGUGAGCAACCGCCACCAAAGAAGUCGAAGACUAAGAAGCCUGUGGCGUUGGCCGAUGACCAGAACUAG